GCUGUAGGACUUAUAACCAAUUUUAUAAUUUUCCCUCCCACUUUUGUCAUGAUAUUUUUUUUCCGAAAAUCUCGACCUCGAAAGUUACGACCAUCUAGUAUUGAAGAAGCACUGAAAAAACAAAGGCGUGACUGGAAAAGAAAGAAUCCUGAAAAACUUCCUGAGGUUGCUUUAAACAUGAAUGGUAAAGAUGAUGCUGAAGCUCAGAUAUUCCAUCGGAAAAGAAAGUUUUCUUUGCCUUGGUGGUGUGUUUACUUUGGUUGGUUAAUGGUUAUCAUCUCUAUUGGAGCAUCACUCUUUUUUAUAUGGGCAUAUGGCAUAGAAUUUGGAGAUGAAAAAACAUCAAAAUGGCUUACAUCAUUAAUCAUUGCAUUCUUUUCGUCAGUCCUUAUUACACAACCUCUCAAGAUUAUACUGAUGGCUAUAGUGAUAUCUUGCAUGUGUCGCUCCAAUGAUUAUGAUGAAGAUGAUGCAGAUGAAGAUGAAGAAGAUCCCCACCUUAAAAAAGAUGAAGAAUAUUUGCAUGAUUAUAAACGUACCAAGAAGGGAGUUGUUUAUCAGCCAGUGGAUCUAGAAGCACUUGAAGAAGCUCGCAAGGAAAGGGAAAAAGAACUAAAAAUGUACAGUGUCAUUCAAGAAAUUUCUGCCUAUUUCCUUUUCCUCUGGGUAAUUAUGAUACUGAGUUAUGGUAAUAGAGAUCCAAAUAAUUUCUACUUGAGAGAAGCUUUGGUCAAUGGAUUUAUUAAACCAGGAGAUCUGUGGGUGGAAUUCAACAAUGUUAAUACAGAAAAGAAAUUUUGGAAUUGGACCUAUACUGCAUUAGUUCCUGAACUUUUUGCUGGUCGUUGGUAUAAUGACAGAGAUCCACUAGGGUUACGAUUAUAUUUAGAUGACAGAAAUAAUUUAAAAAUUGGAUAUGCUGUUUUAAGACAAGUGCGUAUACAGCCACGAAGUUGUAAAGUAUCAUGGCUAAUAGAAGAGAUCACACCAGAAUGUGCGGGAUUUGGCAGUGUUGCAUUUGAAGAUGGAACAUUAUACACGAAAGGCUGGAGAAAAGUAAAUUCCACAGAGACUUUGGUACCACCAGAAUACAAGUACUUAACAGCUUCUCAGUUGAAAGGCUAUCCAUUUUGGGGGCAAGUUGAUUGGUAUGGUGGGGGAGGAUAUGUUGUUCCUCUAGAAGCAGAGCGCGAUAGUGAUAUAAAGGUGCUUCUUCAACGGUUAAAACGUCUAGAAAGAGAAGGUUGGAUAGACAAGUACACUCGUGCGGUUUUUGUAGAGUUUGGGACUUAUAAUGCUCAAGUAAAUCUCUUUUGCGCUAUUACUAUUUUGGCUGAAUUUAUUCCCGGUGGAGGCGUAAUACCAUAUUACCACAUCGAUCCUCUUCGACUUUUGAAUUACCACACUGGUUUUGGCUUUUUCCAAGCUGUCACUGAGAUCGUCUUUGUAAUAUUCACUAUUUUUUUCACAGUCAGAGAGCUGAGAAGAAUGAUUAGAGAAGGAAGAGAGUAUUUUCGUCAAUACUGGAACGUUGCUGAGUUUUUAAGUCUAAUCGUGUCUUACACAGGCAUUGCCAACCACGUUUAUAAAAUGUUUGUUAUAUCUGAAAUCUUGCGGAAAUUCACCGAAACUGAAGGAAGGGGCUACGUGAAGUUACAAGAAGCCGUAUUACUGGAUGAACUCUUUUGUUAUCAAAUAGGAUUUGUAAUGUCUAUAUCCACCCUGAAAUUUCUGAAGUUGUUGCGUUUUAAUAAACGUAUCGGAAUUCUGAGUAGCACUCUGAGAGUCUGUGCCGAAGAACUCCAGAGCUAUUCUGUUUGCUUAAUGGUAGUGUUCAUGGCUUUUGUUAUUUUGUUUUGGCUGCUUCUGGGCAGGUUUGUUCAUGAGUUCUCAACUUUUGUAUAUUCUUUCGAAUCCUGUAUCAGUAUGAUGCUUAAAAAAUUCAAUUAUGAAGAUAUGUAUGCUGCGCAACCUAUAUUCACCCCUAUAGCUUUUUUCACCUUUUCUUUGGCCACUGCUGUAGUGCUUAUAAACAUUUUGCUUAGCAUUAUCAUUCGAUCAUUCGAAAAUGUGAAGCGUGAUGUAAGCUUGCAAAGUAACGAGUAUGAAAUUCUUGAUUUCUUCAUCAAUCGGGUUAAGAUGCUGACCGGUCUUGGAAAAGCCAAAGUUCGUCCUUUACCCAGCAUGUAUCGCGAUAAAAAGAAGAAGCCGAAAGACACGGUAGCUUCAUUUCCAGAUAAAGUAGACAAGCUUGUAGAUUUCAUUAACGACUUUUAUUUCGAAAACCAAGUUGACUUCAAUAGCCGCGACUUUUUGCGAAAAAUGAAUUUGGAUGUAGCUCGAAACAAUAAAACUUUCGAUAGAGAAAAGAAGAAAGCCAAGCCUGUCAAAGCUGUAAAGAGCAAAAUACCAAAAAGCAUUUCUGAACGCUUCGAUGAUUUCUAAUAAUUUUCCGUUUCUUUAAAAAGGAUAUGUUUGCAUUUUUGUGUAUUUGUUUGUAAGUCCUAAUAAAUUAUGUUGUUAAGCAUAUGAUAUAAAUAGAUGGGCUUAUUAUUAAUUUGCUGUAUCUAACCUGAUUUUCAUGGGAAUUAAAAACUGCUUGCUGGUGUCUUUUCUAA